CACUCAAAAACAAACAUCACAAAUAUCACUGAUUAAAGAAAAAAAAUGGAUAUCUUUCGAAGCUAUUAUUCGGACCCACAAAUAGAUUCUUCUUCAUCAUUUUCUGAUACUACUACUUAUAACUCUCCUAAUAGUGCCAAUCAUUCUGAUGAGGAAGUUAUUUUAGCUUCAAAUAAUCCAAAGAAGCCAGCUGGAAGGAAGAAGUUUCGAGAAACUCGACAUCCAGUAUACAGGGGAGUCAGGAUGAGGAAUUCAGGAAAAUGGGUUUGUGAAGUCAGAGAACCAAAUAAGAAAACAAGGAUUUGGCUUGGUACUUUUCCAACUGCUGAAAUGGCGGCAAGAGCUCAUGACGUGGCGGCUAUAGCAUUAAGAGGCCGUUCUGCUUGUUUGAAUUUUGCUGACUCUGCUUGGAGGUUGCCUACCCCGGCUUCCUCCGACACUAAGGAUAUUCAAAAGGCGGCCGCUGAGGCCGCCGAAUCCUUCCGACCAUUAAAGUCGGAAGAAGAAUUAGUAGUUAUUACUGGAGAUCAAUCUAGUACUCCGGAUGAUAUGUUUUUUAUGGAUGAGGAAGCGUUGUUCUGCAUGCCGGGUUUACUUACGAAUAUGGCGGAAGGAUUAAUGGUACCUCCACCUCAAUGUACUGAAAUGGGAGAUCAUGUGGAAGCUGAUGAUAUGCCUUUAUGGAGCUAUUCUAUCUAAUAUAUAUAAGUAAGUAUAAUGAGACUAAUGCUAAGAGUGAAGUAUUGUAAUUUGUAAUGAUGUAGAUAUUACUAGUAUUGCUAUACUAUUAUUUAAUAGUGUGUUGUACGUAGUAGCAUAAGAAAAUGGUUCAGGUUAAAUGAGAAUCAUUGGCCUAGACCGUGGGUAUAUAAGACUAUUGUGUGUUUUAUGACAGUUGGUCUUAAGUUUUUUCUGGUUUAGGCAAGUGAGUGAAAAAGUAGAUUUGUGGAGUAUUUUUCAAGCAGAUUGUAAUAGAGUGAAAUAAAUGCGCU